GAGUUAUUGAUAUCUGGAUUCGGUUUAUGUUACUAUGGAUUUUCGUUAAAUAGAUUUAGGAAAAUAAUUUAUUUUCUUAUUCAACUUAUAUAUUUGCAGCACCAAAAUAUAUUAAGUGCUUUUUAAUUACCUUUACGUUUAAGUGAUAAUGUCCGGUUAUUAUGACUAUCACCGAUGGGAACCUUUGGCCGAAUUUAACUUUAAUAUCGGUGAUCAAUUCGAAAAUCCUGAAGAAUCAGACGAAGAAAAUAAUUACGUUUAUUGUUUAUGUAGUCGUGUAUUUAUCAGGGAUGGCAUGAAAACAUAUUUUGUUGAAAAGGAAUAUGGGAGUGAAAGUGAUGCAGAUUUUAUUCAGGGAUCCCAAUCACAGGAGUUUGAAGAUCAAUCCCAUGUACAUUUCUCAAUUGAUACAUCAUAUAAAGUUAAAUAUGAGAAAGAUGAAAACGCCAGCUGCUAUUGUAGUGCAUCCCACACAGACAACUACUGUUCUACUGAUGAACAUGAUCCAGCUCAAAUUCAUAGCUUUCACACUAACACCAUACAGCCUAGUGACAGUGGGGCUGACCUCACUUAUCAGGACUACAAUUCUGUUUACACAUCAACUGAUAGAAUGGAAAAAAUGGAUGAAGAUUCCCCAAUUCAAACAAACAAUACUACAGAAGAUUAUCUAUCUGAGGAUACAUGGGAAAAGUUUUGGGCUGUCAAUGGAGAAAGAAUUAUCUGGGCUUCUUGGAUUUACAAAUACAGUGACUAUAUUAAUCCAGCAUAUUUAAAUGAUGGUGAAUUGCCAGUUGACGAUAAUAAUAUGAUGAAGCAAAAUUCAGUAGAGCCAAUAAGUACAGAUGUUACUGAUUCCAAACAAAAAUUAUCUGAUAAUGUCAGAGAGAGGAAAUUCUCAUAUGAUUCAAAAGUAAAUCCAUAUAAAAGGGGAUCAAAGAAUGAUGAUUUAAGUGACAAAAGUAACAAGAAGAGUAACACAAACACUGGUAAACAAGAAAAUGAUGAUGCAUGGUUGUCUGUAAGUAGUAGAAGGAGAUCUUGUUCUGAACAUGAUAGAAUUGUCAGCCCUAGGACUGUAGAAGGAACCGAUUCGUUAACAAAUGUGACAAAGAUUACUAUAUCCAGCUGUGAUGUCACAUCAAGCCAUGUAACAUCAGAGUCAUCACCAACAGAUGAUUAUAGUGUAACAUCAUCAACAUCUGAAGAUCAAUUUAAUGAUCAAACUAAAAUAACCAAUGCAGAAGAGAAUAAUGAACAGACACCAGCAGAAGAAAUGGAUCCUGAACAGUAUUGGCAGUUCUUGUGGAAGAAACACUUUGGCGAAAUUUAUGCACUACAUUAUGCUAAGUAUAUUGAAUGUCAUAAUGCUAAUAAAAUUGAAGAGAAAUAUGAGAACGGAGAGUUGGCUAUAGAUAAGAAAACAGAAGACAUAAAAUCUUUAGACAUUGAUUGUGAGAACAGUGAAGGGAAUUCACAGGAAUUGCCAUCAGUUAUUGAAGUAAGAACUCAAAUGGAUCAAGUAAAGUUGGAAGAUAGUGUGACUAAACCAAAAAAGCGCACUAAGAAAUCAAAUAAAAUCAUUCACUCUGUUGGGGCCUUAUUGCAUAAUUUGUUACAAGAACAAAAAGAUGAUACAAGUGGCUCUUUAGAUAGUGAAAUUUGCAUAGCCAAUACAAAUAUAACUGAUACAAUAAUGAACAAAGUAACUGAUAUAAGAGAAGAAAAUGGUCCAGAUGAUGCCCAAACUAAUCAGGAGAAUGAAGAAACAUGUAAUAAAAAAGUUGGGAAAUUUAAAAGAUAUAACAAUCGUCAAAUACAUUCAGUUGGUGCAUUGCUACAAAAUUUAGUAAAUGAAAAGGAAAAAUAUAAAGAUGAAAAUCCAGUUGACGGUGACAACAACCAAAACGAGAACUCAAAAAAUGAUAAAAAUGUUAGCUCAGGAAAUGUUACAAGUAGUGUAAGUGAUACAAAUAAUCGGCAUAGUGAGAAAAACAGUUACAAUAAUUCUUAUGAUGAUGGUGAUGAUGAGCCACCAGAAGAAAAACCAGUUACACUAAAAAGAAGCCAUGAAAUUGAUUUAGAAGAAUUAACAGCGGACAAGAUAAACUCUACUUUUCAAACAAUGGGAUUCAGUUUUGACUCUGAUCAAAUGCCGCAAGGUGAGCUUGUGUUUAGGCGACGAUUGCGGAAACUACGAUUACCAAGGUAUAAGAAGACGCCUAAGAAAAUAUAUUUCGAUGAUGACGGGAAUCCUUAUAGUUCAGACCAGUUUCAGGACAAAGUUCAGGAAGAAAGAGACUUACAAACCGAAGAUGAAGGUCCUGAAAUUCAAUUGGAUAAUGAAAAACAAAAAGUCAGUGAUACCAUUGAUGACACUAAGGAUAUAGAUGUCAAAGAUGAUAUAAAUGAAGAAUUAAAUGAUGUUGUUACUAAUGAAGAGAGUUUGAGAGAGAGAAAUUAUGGAAAUGUGAAUGAUACACAGGAAUUAGAUGGCGAUAAAGAGGGCAGUGAUGAUGUUGUUGAAAGCAGCAAUCAAACGAAACGCCGCAAACGUCAAAAGCGUCACUCGAAGCAAGACGUAGAGGAAUGCAACGCGGCGCACAUACCGGAGGAGCUACGUGGGGAUCCGAAAAUGAUGAAAUAUUGGAAGAAACGACACUCCUUGUUCCACAGAUUCGACGAGGGCAUAAAGCUAGACCGCGAGAGUUGGUUCAGUGUGACCCCACAGAACGUGGCCUGGCACAUCGCUAACAAGUACUCGUACGACGUCGUGUUGGACGCGUUCUGCGGCGCCGGCGGGAACACUAUACAGUUCGCUCACACUUGCCAUAAAGUUAUCGCCAUAGAUAUAGAUCCACUUAAAAUAGAAAUGGCAAAACACAACGCCCAAGUGUAUGGUGUCGCAGAUAAAAUAGAAUUUAUCGUUGGCGAUUUCUUUGAAAUGGCGCCAAAUUUGAACGCGGAUAUGGUUUUCCUGAGUCCGCCAUGGGGUGGCCCUAAUUAUUCUGAUAAUUCGGAGUAUGAUAUAGAGACGAUGUUGAUACCAAAGCCGGCCUCCGAACUCAUGCGAAUAGCACGAAAGAUUAGCUCCAACGUAACAUUAUAUCUACCUAGGAACUCAAAAACAGAUCAGAUUCUUGCGAUAGCUCAAGAGGCCGGCAGGACGGUUGAAAUUGAACAAAGCUUCCUUGAUAGAAGAUUUGUUGCUAUCACAGCAUACUUCUAUUAAGUGUUGAUGUCAUAGAAUGAAAUGUCUAGUGCUGAUUUAUAAAAACGGAGAAGUUAGUGAAAGGACAUUACACAAAGCGAGAUAGCAUGACCUUAGUAAAAAACUAGAAAUAUUAUUUUCUGACCAAUUCAAUUGUAGUGAACAAAUAGCAAGUGGAAAUGAGACUUCUGAAUUUAUAAAUGCUAUAUUUUAUGAUGGAUGAUUAUCUUAUAUUUCUUAAGCAGAGGAAUUAGAAGCAUAGAAGUAUUAUAGAUAUAAUUGUUUUUCAAGAAAGAGAAAGAAGAUUUCGGAUCCCUAAAUAAAUGGAAGCAAAGCAUAUUGGUCACUUACUCAAAUAGCAUACUGUAAUCUUCUAUCUCUUUCCUACUUCGGACUUUUUAAUUUCCUGCUAUAUAUAUUUCCUACUCUGUCUAUAACACCUCUAUGAUUAGAAUGUUUAUGUCAAUGAUAAUAAUAGAUAUUAGUACUUCAAUUGUUUUGAUACCUUCCUAACUGUGUUGUAAGUAGCUUUAUUCAUUCUGCACUUGCAAGAUAUCUUAGAUUUAUAUGCUUCAGUGUGAUAUAAGCAUGUUUUCAUCUUGCUACAUAUUUUAAAAAUAUACAGGAGUCAUUGUUAACUAUUGUUCAGCAACGAUUAAUCAAUAAAGCAAUUGAAUGAACAGUUCAAAAAUAGUAAUUAUAAUCAUACAACUUUAUUUUGUUUUUAAAUUUGUUGUUACCAUGCACAAAGGUAAUAUGUAUGUGUUACAUCAAUUAAUUGAUAUUUAUAUCGUUUAAGAGAUUUAGUGUUCAUUCUCUACUUGCAUUUAAUAUUUCUAAUUGUAUUUUGCUUACAUUUUAUCGAAUUAUAUACAAACUUAAGAGU